AUGACUCACGAGUCCGUUUGGUACUCCCGGCCCCGCAAGUACGGCAAGGGCUCCCGCGAAUGCCGUGUCUGCUCUCACCGCGCCGGUCUGAUCCGCAAGUACGGCAUGAACAUCUGCCGUCAGUGCUUCCGUGAGAAGUCCACCGACAUCGGUUUCAACAAGGUUCGUACCUUCACCUUCUACCUCUGCCGACUAGAGGACGACAUUUCUGAACACGAAUUAUCCUCGAUACCCGGUCCACUGGGUCCCUGUCCGGUUCCCUCGCAACCCACAUGA